GCAUAACGGGUCACGUUUCUUGAGCUCAUCAGCCUGUUUUCUUGGCCACCACGAAAACCCAAGCCUCAAUAUUUUGUUGCGCUCUCUCUUUCUCUCACUUCCAGAUUCUCAAUACCACUUCGAUACACUAAUAUUCUCUCUCUCUAGAAUUGAAUUUUCACUUUGCAGUGAAAGAAGAUGAGCAAAGGACCUGGACUAUUCUCUGAUAUUGGCAAAAAGGCCAAAGAUCUACUGACGAAGGACUAUAUCUCCGAUCAAAAGUUGUCUAUUUCCACCUACACUGACACAGGAGUGGCCCUUACAUCAACUGCAGUGAAGAAAGGAGGGCUCUCAACUGGAGAUGUAGCAGCUCAGUACAAAUAUAAAAACACUUUGAUUGAUGUCAAAGUUGAUACAGGAUCAAACAUCCUGACAACUCUUACUUUAACUGACAUUGUCCCAUCAACAAAAACCAUUGCCUCUAUGAAAUUCCCUGACUACAGUACUGGCAAGCUAGAGGCACAGUACUUUCACCACCAUGCAACCGUCACCACAGCUGUUGCUCUGAAACAAUCCCCUGCAGUUGAUCUUUCAAUCACACUUGGGACUCCAACUUUUGCUCUUGGUGCAGAGGCGGCUUAUGAGACUGCAACUGGUAAACUGACAAAGUAUACUGCUGGCAUUAGCGUGACAAAACCAGAUUCCUGUGCUGCUAUAAUCUUAGGGGACAAAGGGGACACAAUUAAGGCAUCAUAUAUACAUCAUCUCGAUGCAUUGAAGAGGAGUGCUGCUGUGGGUGAAAUCACUAGAAGGUUCUCUACAAAUGAGAACACAUUUACAGUUGGAGGAUCCUAUGCUGUUGAUAACCUGACAAUUUUGAAACUCAAACUCAAUAAUCAUGGAAAUUUGGGGGCUCUCUUGCAGCAUGAGGUGAUUCCAAAGUCAUUAUUGACCAUUUCUAGUGAGUUUGACACCAAGGCCCUGGAUAAGACUCCCAGGUUUGGGGUGGCCCUAGCUCUUAAGCCUUGAUAGCAUUUUCGUAGCCGGCAUCCUUGAACUCACACUGAGGAAUUUUUUGGAGUAUCACAGUGAAGGAGGCACUCAAUAAGUAGUUCAAACACAUUUUUUUCCCAGAAUGGAUCAAUUGCGGAUGGUGGUUUCCAAAGUUGGACCAGCCUGUGGCAUUUCACUGUUUUCUAUUGUCUUUCUCCUAUUUUCCCCUGUUUUGAGAAAGUCUACAAAAGCAAUUUUUCAUGGCAAAUCUAGAACUUGGUAGUUUUUAACUUUAAACCUGUGUAAGAGUUUUCUUUCUCUUUUAUCCGGGCGAUGCAAUAGUUAUCUAAUUGCAGCAAUUGCUUUAAUUAA